AUGUCAUAAAAUCGCAGUAUAAAAGGUAAAUGUGCGGCGAAACUGAUAAUCUGAGCUUAUUUGGGGAGUUUUCCAGUCACACACUCUUCAGAAGCAGACGCUGAUAUCGACGAUGUCCGAUCAUGAGCUGGUCCUGAAGUGCUGGGGAGCCGUGGAGGCCGAUUACACAGGUCACGGGGCGGAGGUUCUGACCCGCUUGUUUACGGAGUACCCGGACACACUGAAGCUGUUCCCGAAGUUCGCGGGCAUCGCCCAGCCGGAUCUGGCGGGCAGCGCGGCGGUGGCGGCCCACGGGGCGACCGUCCUGCGGAAACUGGGCGAGCUCCUGCAGGCCAAAGGGGACCACGCUGCCCUCCUCAAACCCCUGGCCAACACACACGCCAAAACACACAAGAUCGCCCUCAACAACUUCAGGCUGAUCACUGAGGUGCUGGUGAAGGUGCUGGAGGAGAAGGCCGGUCUCAACCCCGCGGGCCAGGGCGCGUUCAGGAAGGUCAUGGACGUCAUCAUCGGCGACAUCGACGGGUACUAUAAGGAGGUCGGAUUCGCCGGUUAAAGAAGAUCUCGAGGGCCGACUCGAGCACUCAGCAUGAUAUCGCCACUAGUGAAUAAAAGUUAUAUGCAGAUAAUCAGAUUAAAGACCAUCCACACAGAACCAAUCAUGUUCAGACCCAAACACACGUGCAGCUGUAGUUGUAUGUAAAUGCACUUCGAAGUGAACAGAGCCAAUCACACCAGGUUUAGAACGACACCUGAUCUGAUGAUGUCAUCAUAACACUAACUGUGACUCUAUAAUAAUAAUAAUAAUAAUAACUCCUUACACUUAUAUAGGCACUCAAAGUGCUUUACAUACUUUAGGUGUGUUUGGGUCUCAGGAGGAUCUUAAAUUGUGAGUGACGGUACAUUAAAAAAAUUAAAAAUUAAAAUUGAAUACGAAAUUGUAUUCCAAUGAUGCUUCUCUUGUUUUUAAAGGCCAUAUAAACAUGUAAGUGUUUUGUUUGUCUACACUCGCUUUGUCUUACUUAUUAACCUGCAUAAUAAUUCAUAUUCAAGACUCCGCUUUUGUAAUGCAACACUUAUCAAUAAACAUCACUUCUCCUGCUGAAAAA